AAGCAGCAAUUAGGUACACCACACAGAUCGACCCAACGCAGCUCCCACUCAACCGAUUCCCCCCGUUCCAUUCGAGAGAAGACGUACUCGAACAGCAGAACUCCGGCGCAGCAUCGUGCCUCGCUGAAGACGGGCGAGUGGAGAUCACGCGCCGCCGUCGGCCUCCCUCGGCGAGCGGUGGAAUCAGCAGAAGAAACACGGAGCACCGACCACCAUGGCUUCUUCCGAUCCCGAUAAACUCAUGCUUAAGGCCGACAAGCAGACAAAAUUGAGCCUUACGAGGUGGAGUGCCGAUUGGAGGAGCGCAACUGCACUGUAUGAGCAGGCUGCUAUUGGGUAUAGGCUUGCUAAAAAUUACGAAAAAGCAAAGGAGGCAUUUGAAAAAGCUUCGAAAGGCCAGGAGAUGCUCUCCUCGCCCUGGGAUGCGGCUAAACACAUGGAGUCUGCCGCUUCUGUAGCUAAGGAAUUGAGAAAUUGGAGUGAGGUUACGGAUUUCUACAGAAGAGCAUCCGAAUUGUACAUUGAGUGCGGGAGAUCACAGCCUGCAUCAGAUGCUCUGACAAAAGGGGCUCGUGUUCUUGAAGAGGUUGUCCCAGAAGAGGCUAUCAAGCUGUACACAGAUGCUUGUGCUAUUCUUGAGGAAGAUGGCAAGGAACAGAUGGCAUUUGAUUUGUACCGUGCUGCCACAAGUGUUUAUAUUAAGCUUGAAAAGUUUACGGAUGCUGCAGCAACUUUGUUAAGAUGGGGCCUUGCAGCAGACAAGUGCAAUGCCACCCACAGCCAGUGCAAGGCAUAUCUUAGCGCAAUCAUUGUCUACCUCUAUCUCCAUGACACUACCCAAGCGGAAAAGUGCUAUAAUGACUGCUCACAGAUCGAUGCAUUUUUGAGAAGUGACCAGAAUCGCUGUGCCACUAAGUUUCUCUCUGCAUAUGCUGAAGGUGACGUAGAAGAAAUUAAACAUGUAGCUCAGUCCAGCACCAUUACGCAUCUUGAUCAUGUGAUAAUCAGGCUUGCGAGGAAAUUACCGACAGGGGAUGUCACUGCCCUUGAGAACGAUGCCUCCAAGGAACAGGAAGAGCCGCUUGAUGAAAAUGACCUGACUUAAUUUCUCCUUUUCUGCUUUCGAUGGUGGUGAUGGGGUCAUCUGUUUUAUUUGCUUAAACUCUGAUUGGAAAGGCAUUCAGCUGCCACGUCUUAUGCCGCGAAGAUCUUUGCUUUCUGCGUUGUUUUCUAGUGGCUACGGCUAUCGGCAGCUCUCUGGCCCGAGCAAUGUCGGAAUAUUUCCUUCCUUAUGAAUCCUUGCUUCUGAAAUGUGAUUUUAUGUAAAGCCGUGUAAAUUUCCAGGGGUUGUGCUGUUUUUCUGAGCAACUGUUUAGGCUAUGACCAUGACAGAAAAUUGGGUUGAACUAGGAAACUUGUACAUCCGGUCAAAUCAAUAGUCAAAUGAAAUGAUCGCUGCACAAGUUCUU